GGCUUCUUGGGCUUCGGGAGUGUUUCCCAUUUAAACAAACAGAGCCGAAGAUGGCGGAGAGUUAAUGGUGUAAAGAAGAAAUUAUCGAUUCGGGAGAGAGAUACGUCCACGAGACUCCAUUGAUCAGCCCACAUAGGACCGCGCCCCCAAAGCGAGGGGAGGGGGGACCUGAUCGUCCAUCAUCUUGGCGCCGUCGAAAGGUGCUGAUAUGUGUUCACGAUGAGCGGGCUGGGGGAAAACUCCAUGGAGCCACUGAGCUCAGAAAACCGGAAACGCAAGCUCUCCACUUGUGACACGCCUGGUAUGGGGUGUGAGAGGAAGCGGCGGGAGCAGGAGAGCAAAUACAUAGAGGAACUGGCGGAGCUGAUCUCCGCCAACCUAAGCGACAUCGACAGCUUCAACGUCAAACCAGACAAAUGUGCCAUCCUCAAAGAGACGGUGCGCCAGAUCCGCCAGAUCAAAGAGCAGGGUAAAGCUUCAUCCAACGAUGACGACGUUCAAAAGUCAGACGUGUCCUCAACUGGUCAGGGGGUCAUCGACAAGGACCACCUGGGUCCACUUCUGCUGCAGGCUCUGGAUGGCUUCCUGUUCGUGGUAAACCGGGAGGGCAGCAUCGUGUUCGUGUCGGACAACGUGACGCAGUACCUGCAGUACAAACAGGAGGAGCUCAUCAACACCAGCGUGUACAACAUUCUUCACGAGGACGACAGGGAGGAGUUUCACAAGAACCUGCCCAAGACCAACAUAAAUGGGGUGUCGUGGGGAAGCGAGGCAGCCCGACAGAAGAGUCACACCUUUACUUGCCGGAUGCUGGUCAAAUUUGGCCAUGCCCACGGCCCCAUGGAGGAGGGGCCUGGAGGGCCACGCUACGAGACCAUGCAAUGUUUUGCUCUUACCCAACCCAAGGCCAUGAUCGAGGAGGGUGAAGACCUUCAGUCAUGUAUGAUCUGCGUGGCCCGUCGAGUGACAGCCAUGGAGAGGACGGAGAGUUUUAACACCAGGCAUGAACUCUCAGGUAAACUGAUUCAGAUCGACCAGAACUCUCUGCGAGCGUCGAUGCGUCCGGGCUGGGAGGAUUUGUUGAGGCGUUGCAUUCAGAUGUUCCUUCAGCACAGCGAUGGGCAGCCCUGGUCACACAAACGCCACUAUCAUGAGGCCUUUCUGCAGGGUCACGCAGAGACGCCCUUGUACCGCUUCUCCCUCUCUGACGGCACUCCAGUCACAGCCCAGACCAAGAGUAAGCUGUACCGUCACCCUAUGAGCAACGAGCCGCAAGGCUUCAUCUCCACGCACCUACUACAGAGGGAGCCGAAUGGUUACCGCUCAGCACCGGGUGGGAGCAUGAUGCCAAACACGAUGCGACAGCAGGGCAUGGGAGGCCCCAACCCGAAUGCCCAAAUGAACACCGGUGGCGGAAUGGGUAUGGGGGGCAUGGGGGGCAUGAACAGGGGCUUCGGCAUGAAUGAGCAGGGUCACAUGGGUCCGAUGGGCGGCAGCUCGAUGUAUGGAGGAAAUGGCGGAGGAGGAAGUGGAGGAGGAGGCAUGGGUAACCGCAUGAUGCAGAUGAAUCAGAUGGGGCACAUGAAUCAGAUGAAUCAGAUGGGUCCUAUGAAUCACCCAGGCCAAGGAAUGCCGCAGCACCAACAGCAGCCCCCGUUUCAGAGCAGUGGCGGCUUUGGCCUCAGUGGCAUGAACAGUCCCUCGGGGAGCCCGAGAAUGGGCGUUCCUCAGCAGGGUCUCCUGAUGUCACCUCGGAACCGGGGAAGCCCAAAAAUGGGCUCCAACCAGUUCUCACCUGGAGGGUUGCACUCUCCUAUGAGUGGCAUUGGCAGUAAUGGUGGAAGUGGGGGCAGCACCACCACCUUCUCCAGCAGCUCCUUAAAUGCCCUACAAGCCAUCAGUGAAGGAGUAGGGAGCUCACUCCCCUCUACCCUAACAUCUCCUUCUCCGGCCCACAAACCAGACAGCUCUCCCAGCAUCCACUCCUCCUCCUCUUCUUCUCAGCCCAGUCAGGCAGCCAAACCAGGCCAGGAUGGCUCCAAAAGCCCAGCCGGGGGCUUAGCACCUGGACCCAGCGACCAUCACCACCCCAUGCACCAUCACCACCAUCAUCAGCAUCCUCAGGCUGAGAGUUCUGGAGACCGACCCGAUAGCCAGGCAGCAACAGCGACUAAAGACUCUGGAGACGGAAGCAAUGAAGCGGGAGCGGCUAACUCCGAACCCCCUCGCAGGGUGCCAGACAGUAAGGGACAUAAGAAGCUGCUGCAGUUGCUGACGUCUCCUACAGAGGAGCUGGGAAUAGGUGGCAGUGGGCCAACGGGGCCCCCUGUACCGCCCCCUCCGACCAGCAGUAACGCUCCUGCGGGCCCAGACAGUAAGGAUACGACGGGAGGCAUGACUAGCCCCUCAUCAACUGGGGUUACCUCAUCCUCUUCGGCCAGUGGAAAUUCAGGCCAAGCGACAGGACCCGGGGGCGUGUCAGCAUCAAUGUCAUCAGCCCACUAUACUGGCUCGCUGCAAGAGAAGCACAAGAUCCUCCACAAGCUGCUGCAGAACGGCAAUACGCCAGAUGAAGUGGCUAAGAUCACAGCCGAGGCUACAGGCAAGGUGUCCCUCGGGGGCCAGGAGGGCGCUGAGGUUGGAACAGGAGGCUCAGGGGCCGGGUCGGGCCCUGGGUUGAUCACAGAUCCCAAACAGGAGCAGCAUAGUCCCAAGAAGGAGAAGACCCAUGCCCUCCUCCAUUAUCUCCUCAACAAGGAUGAUUCCAAAGAGCCAGUGGAUGUUAAGCCCAAACUCGAAGAGCUAGAUGGGAAGGGACCUGCGGGGGCUGCUGGCGGCCCACCACGGAGUAUCCCCGGAUCUGGGCCCGGCCCUGUACCUGAACAUCCCGAGAGCAAGAUCAAGUCAGAACCACCUGAUGAUUUGCACAACCUGGAAUCUAUCCUGGGAGAUCUGAGGAGUUCAAGCUCUGACUUUUACCCCGAUCAGGCUGGAGGUGGAGGGGCCAACGACACAGGAAGCAAACCCCCGGGUUGCCUUGACGACAGCCUGCAGGGGAGUCCAGGUAUGGGUUCAGGACCCCGGGUGCCCUUCCAGAGGGCCAUGUCCAUGGAUGCAAAGCCUCCUGGUGGGCCUGGAGGAGGCAGACGCCCCAUGCUUGUCAAGCAGGAAAACAUGAUGGGCAGCCCUGACAGCUAUCCAGGAAACAUGGGACCAAUGAAUAGAGGGAUGGGUCCUCAGAGAUCCCCCAUGGGUAGUUCAGGUGAGUGGGGCAUGCCCCGCACCAGUGCCAGUCCUGUGGGCUCAGCAGGAUAUCCACCCAUGAUGCGCCCGAGCAUGGAGUACAACAACAACGGCAAGGGCGUAAUGUCAGGGCCCAUGGUCAGCCGCUCCAACAGCGUGCCAGCCACAAGGUCGAUGCUGCAGCAACAGCUCAUGGAUAUGGGAGGUUCUGCUGAUAUGGGCAUGGGUAUGAGCCCCUUCAGCCAGCAGGGCCAACCGAACCAGUCGCCCUCCUGGCCGGACACAAUGAUGGGCAUGGAGGGAAACAGGCGGCAGUUUGGCAACACCUUAGAUGAUCUUCUGGUGCCUCCCACCACGAGUGAGGGUCAGAGCGAUGAACGGGCGCUUUUGGACCAACUAGACUCCCUGCUGAACAAUACAGAUGGCAUCGCUUUGGAGGAGAUAGACAGAGCUCUGGGCAUCCCAGACCUCGUCAGCCAGACACAGGGAGCAGAGCAGCAGCUAGAACCUUUUCCAGGGCAGGAUCCGUCCAUGGUAGUGGACCAGAAGCCUCUCUAUGGGCAGGGCUAUCCUGGACCUCCUACUAUGCCUAUGCAGUCUGGCUAUGGAGGGAACCCUAUGCAGGGUCAGGCCCAGCAGGGGGGAUUUGGGCCCAUGCUUUCACAAAUGGGCCAAGGCGGCAGUUUCCCCGCUAUGGGUGGAAUGGUGGGCAUGGGCCACCCUCGUGCCAACAUGAUGCGACCCAGGAUGAUGAGUGCAAACAAGCCAAUGAGGCUCCAGCUGCAACAGAGACUGCAGGGACAACAGUUCAUGAAUCAGACACGGCAGGGCAUGGCCUUGAAAAUGGAGAACCCAGGAGGAAACCCUGGCAUGAGGCCCGGCAUGCAACCUGGCAUGGGAGGACAGCCGAGCUUCUUGAAUGCUCAGAUGAUGGCUCAACGAAGCAGGGAGAUGGUCACCAUGCAGAUGAGGAGGCAACGCAUGAUGAUGCUGAUGCAGCAGCAACAGCAACAGCAGGCGGCGGCGGCAGCUGCUGCAGCUGCCGGAGGGUUCAGCCCUCCUCCCAACGUCACAGCUCCUGGCGGUAUGGACAACCCUAUGGGAGGGCCAACCAUGGGCCAGCCGGGCCCCCAGCAGUUUGGCUAUGGUGGCAACUAUGGGAUGGGCCAGCAAGGAGACCCCUCUUUUGGCCCCUCAGGUGGAAGUCCUCCUAAUGCCAUGAUGCCCGGCCGCCUGGGGCCUCAAAAUCCCAUGAUGCAACAGCACCCACAGGGUGGCCCCAUGUACCAGGGUGCUGAUAUGAAAGGCUGGUCACAGGGAGGCAUGGGUCGCAACAGUUCGUACCCUCAGCAACAGUUUGCGCAGCAGGGACCUCCAGGGCAACAGCAGUUUGGCCAGCAGGGGAAUCCAGGGCAGUAUGGAGGCAUGAUGAUGAACGGGGGCAUGCCGCCUAGUGGAGGAGGAGGUCACAUGGGGCAAAUGGGUAUGAACCCAAUGGUGAUGGGACGAAUGCCGAUGGGGCCUGAUCAGAAAUACUGCUGAACAUCGUGGCAGACUCCUUUGUCUCACUGUGAUCACCAUUCAGAGACGGCAGACGGCUGCAGCACCGCGGUGUGUGGGGCGGACUGGGCAAUGUUAGUCUGUGCUGUGCUGUACUCCCACCAGGUGGGGGCGUGAACUUCCCUUUGGACUCGUGGCCAGUAACGUCAGUCUGGCAACCUGCGGAAACACAGACUCUGUCACAUACAUGAAAACACACAGCGAUCAUAAAAAAACAUUAAAAAAAAAUCAGAAACACUGUGACUUCUUUACACACAGAUACAUAACGAUGGUCAUACAGACACCUUUGCGAAUCCUCUAACGGACCUUAGUAUAAUAUCCCCCUCUUUGUGAGCAGUGCGUGCGUGCCCACGCCGAACGCACUCGCCGGACCAAACGGUGAAGGUGGACGGACGCUCGAGUGAGACCACGUGGACAAACGUGUUGUGACAUCCUCUCCUUUGUCGAAUGUACCAUGAAGCUGUAUUCAGAUCUGAAAAGAUUGCUCUCUCGUUUCUGAACUCUUCGGGAUUUUUUUAAUCCGCCGUCUUUCUGCUGCUCCUGGAGGAUCUCUGUCAAAGCGGUUCUAGAUGAUGUGCCGUCAGAUUGUGACACUCACACGAAUGUGAUUAAGCAGUAGCACAUUGUUUCAUUCCCUGGGACGCCCCUGGGCUAAAGUACGACUGAAUUCCUUGUUGGCUGAUUGCACUUUAAGGAAAAGCCAACAUCAAAAGGAUUGUGGCAAUAUAGAGGCCUUUACCCGAGAAUUAACGCAUAGCAGCAGACAUCUUCUGUUUAUUUUUGUGUGCGUUGUUCUUCAGGGUUUCCUAUCUGAGAAAAGGCGCUGUUGAUUGGAAAUGGGUAACCUUGAUGCUCUUUGUUCAUUAGUGGGAACCAGUAGAAAGGCAGUAAGCACAGAUUUGAUCCAAUACACUCGUAUAUAGUGUGCGGAUUUAUUAAUAUGACAAUUUUUAAGCCACUUUAAAGUCACUCUUGGAACAAAGAGUCUUCUAUUAAAAUUCAAACACUCCACUUAUAUUUCUACAGAGUCAUAAGGUGAUCAUUUACAUUGAGGAGGUGAUUUUUAGCUCAAAAUGAUUCAGAUAUUUUGGUUACCUUGCACCCGUUUACAGUGCUACUAGUAAGUAAAUCAAAAACGGAUUGCCAGUUAUGAAAUUAUGCCUAGAUUACCUAACAUUUUAAAAGAAAGUGUUAGAUUUGAGUGUAGGUGUGCAUAUUUCUAGCAAUAAUCCUUCCUCCUGGUUUUCCUCUGAGGACAAAGCUGAAGCAUUGUUUACUCAAAGCGACGGUACUGCAGUAUUAGACAUGGUGUCUUGUUAGGAGCUUUUCUUUUCCUUUCGUCUGUGAAUAUGAAUUGUAAAUACGCUUCAAAUGUACUAUAUAUAAAUAUAUAUAUGCUUUUGUAGGUCACAUACUGUUUUUUGCACAGCUUGUAAGGCUUGAUAUUUAAAAGUGUAAUUUUCUUAUUCUGUCAUGGCUCGGCUUUUAUUUUCAAUACUUUAACCAUCGGUUUGGAAAGGAAGGGCCUCUUUUUGUAAGCAGUACGUGUACGUGUGACUUUCUUUCAUACUGCCACUUUCCCUGUCUCAGAACGCACCUUUAUUUUUAUUUUGUGAUUUCCGAAUCAAGAACUUUUCUUUAUUUUUCCGAGGACAUAAUCUUAGCUAAAGAGGUGCUAGUGGGUUAACUUUUUUUUUUUUUAAGUAAAUUAUAUUUCUUUUAAUUAAAACAAAACAAUUGCCUAUAUAAAAAGAGUUGACACAUGAUUGUGUUAGGCUUCAAGAGGCCCAGAUGUCUUACCGGUAUGUGAGGUGUGUAUUCUCUGUACUUAACCUCAAGCUUCCAUUUCUGACUUGUUUUUCCCUCCUGAGGUUUCUGCGCUUUCAGUUUCGUUCAGCCUCAGAUACGAGACUUUGGAAAUCAGUCCCGCUGUGUCCAUAAGCCUGUGCGGUUUGUCCGCAGAUAUUUAAUCAUGACGAAAGCAACAAACAGAAGGAAGGAGAUUUAAAUCCCCUGAUUAUCUGCCACUGUCUCGGCAGGAUGUUUUUUAAUUUUACAUUCAAGUUUUGAACUUUAUUUCUGAUGUGUUUCCUGUGGAACUUUCUGUUGAGAAAUCUACCUUUGAAAACACGCUCAACCCAAAGAUUUCUGUUUGUCAUUCUGCAGUGCGUAGACACAGUUCCUGAUGUAGAUUGUGCAAGUACUCAUGUGUGCUUUUACUGUUGCACAUUACCUAUAAUAUACAUUGAGCUGAAUAUGUUUAAUUGCAUAUAUUAUAUCCCCCAUCUGUAUGAAAUAGAGUAGACAUGAGUCUGGUUCUGCUGAGAUGCUUUCGGUUUUUGUUUGUGAUCGUUUCUUCCUUUCUGUAGACCUUAUGGCCAGUUGAAUCGUGGUGCUGCAAAUUUCACACAGGAGAAUGUUUUUAAGCUGGGAAAGGGAGGCUUCAUUCAUGAUUGAUGUCAUUUAUGUCUCAGAAUAAUAGCCUGGAUUUCUUUUUUUCUAAAACCCUUGUCUCUCGAUGAAGAAUAUGAAAGACUUAUCUACAAACAUUUCAAACAAAACAUCUGUGUUUCUGCUUUAACGGAAAGGAACUCCUCUCAGUGCUUCACUGGAGCUUAAAGAAAAGAGAAAACACAUCUGGGAAUCAUACAGUCAUUAAUACAGGAUGUAAAAUACUGUUGCAUUUUUCUUACCUUGUUUCUUGAUGUUAAUAUUGAUGUAAAUACAAAUUUAUAUUUAAACAUUA